AUGCGUCACACGAAACGACGCACGUCGCGCGCGACCCCCGCGCACGAAGAAGACGAGAUGAGAACGCGUUGUUGUUUCCGGAAAGCGGGUUUGGCGAGGCUUCCUUUUCUUUUCUUUUUCUUCUUCUUUUUCUUCUGUUUCCUCUCGUGCUUUGCGUUUGCGUUUGAUCAGGAGGAGAACGAGAGAGGGGCUUCGGCGAACGCGUUUUCGAUGACCACGAGAACGCCGAAGUUGGAGUUGUCGUCGUCGCAUUCAUCGUCAUCAUCGCAAGCUUUGGGAGAAAGGAGGAGGACUUUUUUGGAGACGAACGAGUCGCUCGUCGUUCGAGCAAGGUUGGAAAAUGGACACGGGUACGAGAGGAAGGUCUAUCUGAAGUUUCUGUUGGGGACGACCUCGAACGAGGAAGAGAAGUUUGAGAAGAUGCGCGACGAUGGGAAGUAUCCCGAUGAAACGGCAAAUGAUGGCGUGUAUGCGGUCGCGGUGGACGUUGGGAAAGAGCUCGGGGCGAAAAAUGGAGACGUGGUUUUGUUUCGCGCCGAGGCGUGGACGGAGAGCGGCGACAAAAAGCCGUUGCGUUCGCCGAAGGAAGACGCGAAGAAAGACGACCGGGAAGUCACCGUGGUUUCUCAAAGUCAGUAUUCGUAUUACGCGGUCGCGAUCGUGAGUCCGAGUUUGAAAAGCGACACAAAUUUGCCUGUUUUACACGUUUUACGCGCGAACGAACAGGACAUGACGACGGAUCGGGGGACGACGGCGAAAGUUUUCUUCGACGGGAAGUUUUACGACGAGGUGAAAAUAAGGCGACGAGGUUCUGGGCGCGACGAAGAAAAGGUUGGAGUAGAACUUCCACCAAAAGAUUGGCCGAAACAUAAGUUUAAGUUUGAUUUCAAAGGCGAACAAUUCGUUUGGAAUAAAGGCGAACCGGCGGUGGAGGAGUUCAAUUUGAAUUCUCAAUGGCAAGAGCCCGGCGAAGAGACGUACAUGCGAUUAAAUUUAGCGAAUGCAAUCAUGGACGUUGCAAAAGUACCCGCGCCGACGACUUUUCACGUGCACGUUCAAGUCAACGGUAAGUACUACGGACUUUUCUCGUUCGUGGAACAAAUCGAUGAGACGUACCUCAAACGCCGGAAAAUGUGGGACGAACAAAACUCGUUGUAUAAAGCCGUAAACUGGAAGUAUUCUAAUCUUCGAGCGCCGAACGCGUCUUUAUCGAAAUGCCCUUGGGCGACUCCAGAUUGGCCACGCCGAUGGUCCGAGCGAGAUGGGUAUUGCCCUCAAAUUUGGCGCAAGUCGUAUCCGGCAAAGUCCAAGACGGUAGACGAUCUUUGGGAUUUCACGACAAACAUCGCGAGGGCGAAAAAAUACGCCCUCGGUACGAGCCAACAAGUGUACGCGGAAAAAGUGCUGUUCCAAAUUUUAGAGGUUCCCUCUGUGAUUAACGAGAUGGCAGCGCAAACGAUAUUAUUGAACAACGAUCGAUGCGCAAAAAAUUAUUACGUCUUUCGAAACGCGAAAACAAAGCGGUGGAGUCGUUUGCCUUGGGAUUUAGAAGACGCGUUGCCGGCGGACAACAGAUACGGCCUUGUGCUAUGCCCCAAGCGCGAUUGUUCGCCGAAAAGCACUCGAUACUGCGUUUUAACGUGCGAGAAGUUCAACUCGCCGCUGUAUUGCGAUUCAGAACAUCCUCAAGAUAUAUUCUAUUCCGAAGGUAUCGCGCAAGAAGCUAAAAGCACUUACAACGAACUCGUCAACGUCAUUUUGAAAACCGAUCGAACUCGCGCGAUGUACUUUGCACGGUUGCGAACGCUAAUGAACGAUAUUUUAGGAACGAACUUUAUCGAACGAUACGUCGCGAGAACUUUGAAGACGAUUAGACGAGACGCGCUGAGAGAUUCCGUAAAAUGGAAAGUUGGUGGCAUUCGAUCGAUCGAUCAAGGUGUUUUGCAGUUGUUAUCGCAAAGCGUUAAGUUACGAAGAGAACAGUUGUUCGAGACGUAUUCCGAUAUGAUCCCAAAGACGGUCACUGAAGGAGAGAUUUUGGAAAGCGUAAAUAUAAAAGCGUUUUCGGAUAUAGAUGAUACUGGUAUCGGUUUGCGUUCGUGGAUAGAAAUCGAGAAUAAUUUACCCGCAGCUGCGGACAUCUCCGGAUUUUCGAUCGCGUGCGGUAGCAAUAAAAUGAAAGUUUGGACGUUCGCACCCGGGACGGUGUUGGAUGCGAAGCAAUCGAUAUACGUCGUCGCCGACGAGAGUAACUUUUUGGACGAUAUCACAUCAAACGCCAAGGACAAUUAUUACUUCUUCGUGCAACACGGCAACGACAAGUUCAUCGAGCGACUGGAAAAAUGUGUGAAGAUCGAAGGAAGGAGCGAUAGCCUUUCCGAGGAGAAAAAGGUGUUUUUCAGCAUCGAGCCGAGAACGGUCGACAGAGCAUUGAAAACGCUCUCGUCCUCUCCACUUUCCAUCGACUCCUCAAAUUGUACCGAGCCCGAAGCUGGACCGUGGGAAGAGUGGGGAGAGUGUUGUCGAGGAAACAAAUGCGGGGUCUAUUGCGACGAACCCGACGCCUCGCGAGGACGCCGGAGAGAACUCAACUUUGACAAGUUCAUCGACCAACUUCUUCGGGAGGAGGAGGAGGAGGAGGAGAAAUUGAACGAGACACCGAAACAACAACUUUGCUAUCCGAGUUUAACCGCUAAUUGGCAAGUCGAUAAGAAAUGCGGCGCGAAAAAAUGCGGAGAACGUCGUGUACCGUACACGUGCACUACAGCUUUGCAAUACGCGAAAAAAAUAGCCUCCUCUUCGUCGUCGUCGUCGGUCCUUUUCGGCGCCGGUAAAUCUGAAUCCGGAUGGGAUUCGUCUUUCUCCUGGGGCGUGAAGGAAAGGAAUAACAUUGCCAUCGGUAUCGACGGUCAAGAAGACGGCAGCGGGAGUACAGGGAGUGUCAAAAUACAACUGUACGGUGAAGGCGCGUUCGCGUUGGGCAAAAAAAUCACAGACGGCAAAGUAUUCCUCGAAACGUUUUCUCGAUUCAAUCGCUUGAACGUCUUCGUGGCGAGAGAGCGGUAUCCGCAACCUCUCCCGAGGCUCACCUUACAAAUCGAAUUCUACUUUUGGCGCGACGGAGGAGUGUUUUCCAACAACGAUGCGAGUGUCAUCUUCUCCUCAAACGCGCGGUUUGAGACCGCGACGAGCGACGAUGGAUGGCAAAGCGGCUGUUACGAGAAAGCGUUUGCGAGUUUCAAAAACGAAUUUACGCGAGGCGACGGAGGAGAGUCUCUCUCGGAUUUCCUCCGAAACAAAAAACAACUCUUCGAAAGCGCUGACACGGUAACGAUUAAAGUCGCCGUUCGCAACGCGUCUAGAAAAUCGCCCAUCGUUUUCUACGUCGGCUCUGUAGCGUUUGUCGCGUGA